CCCAUUGUAUUCGACAAUGUAAUAGUUUGCUUCAUCAUCUUUGUUCUUCGCUUUAAUUCUUCUAUUCUUCUAAUUAUUUAAAUUCAUAUUGAGUCUCGCCAGCUGAGACUUUUCAUUUUUUAUUUGUUAAAUCAAUUAACACAAACCCCUAUCUGAGGCUAUAUCUAAUUGUCAGAGGACCAACUGAUCAGAAUCACCCCAACAUCAAUCAACUAACCUACGGAAAUAUGGCUGUAAAACGCGGUUAUACUAGACCACUAAUGGUGGCUAUCCCAACCAUCUUGUCGCUGGUGGGAUUCGUACUGGCAAUGAUAGCGCUCUUUGCUGGCUCCGGAUCGCAGCAGCAAUCGAUGGAACAAUAUCACAUCAUUGCCAUUAACAUGUCCACUUUUGGUCACGAUCUCGUACCAACUGCAAGCUCUUCCGGUUCCCAACCCACGGCCACCAACGGCGAUGGGUUUGGUUGGGAUGACAUACAAGAUGGACUCGACGACAUCGAAGGCCAGAUCGCAGACGAGUUGAACGGUAUCGCAAAUGAUAUCGCCGACCAACUUUCCCGCGAACUAGGUAUUUCUCAGUGGUAUAGCAUACACGUCACGACUGCUUGCGAGGGCAACUUUGCGCCGAAUGCCACUUCGCCGGGUGCUUGGUACAAUACGACCAACUGCACAGCACAGUCCGCAGGAGUUCAAUUCAAUCUCACCGACAUCCUCCAGAAGGAGAUCAGCGCCGGCCCCCUAAACAUCAACGCAGCCAAUAUCCCGAUCCCAGACUCGAUCCAACAGACCAUCGACUACGUCAACAAGUUCCUGCUAGCAACAUUCAUCCUCUUCGUUCUCGGGGCCGGCUUCUCCGGCCUAUCUUUCCUGUCGUGCAUCAUCACCCUGACGCUAAGACGCGAAGUCAUCGGGAGAGGAGCUAUCCUCGUCAACAUGGUGCUUGCCGCACUAGCCGCCUUGUCGCUUGCGGCUGGCGCCGCGAUCGCGACGGCCAUCUCGAAGAGAGGAGCGUCCGAGAUCAACGACCAGGGCGCCGAGUACGGCAUCUCCGCCGUCGAGGGCACCCAGUUUAUGAUUAUUUCCUGGGUGGCGUUCGCAGUCAUGUUCGUGACGUUAGCAUUCUGGACCGUCUCGUGCUGUAUGCCGCGCAGGCAAUUUGGGCCGACGGCGUAUAGGGAAAAGAGUCCUCGAACGAGCACGGAUAGCAACCGUGGCUUGUUGGGCAUCUUUCGGCGGAGGCACUAGGCUAGGGAGGUGGGAUAUGAGAGGAUGAUUUUAAUGAGCACGAGUGUCGUUAAGGAGUGACUGACUAGGACGACGUUAUGAGCUUAGCCUU